AUGGCAACCGAAACGGAAACCAAGAAGAACAACUCUUUCGUCCUCACCGGCUCCAAAUCUGUCGCCUUCGAAGACCGACCAGUUCCCUCCCUCUCAGACCACGACCCGCACUCAGUGCUCCUGCAAGUCAAUUACACCGGCAUUUGCGGCUCCGACAUCCACUAUUGGCAGCACGGGCGCAUCGGGCACUAUGUCGUCAGAGACCCCAUGGUGCUCGGUCACGAGUCUUCUGGGACGGUGAUAGAGACCGGCAAAGAGGUCACGACACUCAAAGUCGGCGACCGCGUCGCCAUGGAGCCCGGCAUCCCGUGCCGGCGCUGCUACUACGUGUUGCCGGAGGACUUCUGCUACAAGCUGCCGGAGAACGUGAGCCUGCAGGAGGGUGCGUUGAUGGAGCCACUGGCUGUCGCGGUGCACAUCACCAAGCAAUCGCGGAUUCGCAAUGGAGACAAGGUGGUGGUGUUCGGAGCCGGACCAGUGGGACUGUUGUGCUGUGCGGUCGCGAAAUCGUUCGGAGCUUCGAAAGUGGUGGCGGUGGACAUUCAGCAGAAUAGGCUCGACUUCGCGAAGGAGUUUGCAGCCACGGGAGUGUUCAUGCCGGAGAAGGUGAGUGCGCAGGAGAACGCGGAGAGGAUGAACAAGGAGCAAGAUCUAGGCUUGGGCGCAGACGUGGCGAUCGAUGCCAGCGGUGCGGAACCCAGUGUUGCGACUGCGAUUCAUGUUCUGCGGAAUGGGGGCAGCUAUGUGCAGGGCGGCAUGGGCAAGGACGAGAUCACGUUCCCGAUCAUGGCGGCGUGUACGAAAGAGUUGAAGAUCUCGGGGAGCUUCAGGUAUAGUCAGGGCGACUAUGCGGAUGCGUUGCAGUUGGUGGCGAGUGGGAAGAUUGAUGUCAAGAAGCUGAUCACGAGGGAGGUUGAGUUCGAGGAGGCGCAGAAAGCAUUUGAGGAUAUCAGGGAUGGGAAGGGCAUCAAGGUGUUGAUUGGUGGGCCGAAGUGA